AUGUUCUGUGAUGCCUCCAAGAAGGCAUACGGUGCCUGCAUCUAUCUCCGAUGCACCUCAUUCAAUGGAUCAGUCACUGCCUUGCUGCUUACAGCAAAAUCCAGGGUAGCUCCACUUGAAGAUCUGGAAAAGAAGCGGAAACAAACCUCCAUACCGAGAUUGGAGUUGUCAUCCGCACUCACCGGCGUUCAUCUGUUCGAGAAGGUCGUCCAAAGUAUCAAGAUAACUGCUCAACCAUACUUUUGGACUGACUCGAUGAUCGUCAAAUGCUGGAUCGCUUCUCCACCCUCUCGCUGGAAUAUGUUCGUGGCCAACAGGGUGUCAGAGAUCCAACACAUUUCUCGUGGAGGAAUCUGGAACCACAUCGCUGGGUUAGAGAAUCCCGCGGAUGUUCUAUCACGGGGAAUGACGCCUGAUAUACUGAAGGACUACCAAAUGUGGUGGCACGGACCAUCCUGGCUUCGGCAGGAUAAGACAUCCUGGCCGACAACUGCUACAAUCACUACUGAACACCUGGAUCCCUCUCUUCUUGAAGAAAGAACUACUGUGUCAGCUGCUGCUCAAGUGAUCGAGACCAGUCCAGUCUUCGGUCUACGAUCGUCUUUGAACGAUCUUCUCCGAUUAGUAGCUCUGAUCCGAAGAUUCGCCCACAACUGCAAGAACCGUUUAGAUCGUAGAGUAGGUUUCAUCAGAUAUGAAGAGCGAGAAGAAGCGCUGCGUCAGCUGCUAGCUCUUGCCCAACAGGAAAGUUUCCCCGAAGAUCUCGCUGAACUGCAGAAGAAUGGUGAAGUCAAGUCUACAUCGAGGAUCAACCAGCUCACUCCACGCUUUGUAAACGGGUUAAUCCUGGUCGGCGGCCGGCUCGCGAAUGCCAACAUUUCGGCUGGCCGGAAACAUCCAAUUGUUCUUGACAAUCAACACCCGCUGUCUGUUCUCAUCGCCACUGACUAUCACCGCAAGCAUCUCCAUGCUGGACAACAGCUACUGACCGCCAGCAUGCGGGAAAGAUACUGGCCAAUUGCUGCUCGAAACCUAGCACGCAUGGUCAUUCAUCGCUGUGUGAAAUGCUUUCGUGCUCGACCGAAGCUCCACGAGCAACUCAUGGCAGACUUACCAUCGGAACGAGUAACUCCAGCUCCCCCUUUCUUACGAGUAGGAGUGGAUUACUGUGGUCCGUUUUACAUCCAGUACCCGUACAGAAAAGGAGCACCGGUUAAGUGCUUCGUCGCCGUGUUUGUGUGCCUUGUAGUGAAGGCUGUCCACCUGGAGGUCGUGGGAGACCUCACCAGUCAGGCCUUUAUCGCUGCGUUGAGAAGAUUCGUCGCACGCCGUGGACGUCCAGAAAUCCUCAUGUGCGACAACGCAACGAAUUUCAUCGGGGCACGGCGUGAAUUGGGUGAACUACGGAAACUGUUCAAUAACCAGGAAUUUGCGAAGACAGUAGCUGAAGAGACGGCGAUGGACAAUAUCAACUUUAAAUUCAUCCCGGCAAAAUCUCCAAAUUUUAGUGGGCUUUGGGAGGCUGCCGUGAAGUCGAUGAAAGGACAUCUGAAGCGUACCCUUGGAAACAUGGUAAUUUCAUCUGAUGAAAUGGCAACUCUGGUGGCGCAAAUCGAGGCCUGCCUCAACUCGAGGCCGAUUACGCCACUCUCGAAUGACCCGAACGACAUGGAAAUCCUGACUCCUGGUCACUUUCUUGUGGGAAGACCACUCACAGAAAUUCCAGAACCGUCACUUGAAGACCUCAAUCAGAUCAGGCUUUCGAGAUGGCAGCGAGUGCAGAACUUCCUUCAACACAUCUGGAAGCGUUGGUCGACUCAGUACCUUUCUGAUCUGCAAGCUCGAACAAAAUGGACCAGGCAACGGAACAACGUCUCCAUCGGAACCAUGGUGCUGCUAUGUGAGGAUAACACACCACCCCUCAAGUGGCGCAUGGGACGAGUAGUGGAGAUCCACCCGGGAAAGGACGGCAACAUCCGCGUCGUUAAGGUUCGCACGAAGGACGGAGAGUUCCUACGAGCGAUAUCCAAAAUUUGUAUCCUGCCGAUACGGGACAAUGAAGCCACUGCAACAUCAGCUCAAGGGGAGGAUUAG